AUGUCGAGUGGGAAAGAUCGAAGAGCAGAGAUAGAGGCGAAGAAAGCAAAGCUUGCGGAAUUGCGCCGGAUGAGGGAGGAGAGGAAGGCAGCGUCCCUCGCAGAAGCUGCUUCACGCCGGGAUAGCGAGAUACCUACCUCUACCCCGGCAUCUAGGGCAACAUUUACAGAUGUCAACGACCUGGUCGCGUCUCUUAUCGGGCCUAGAAGCGAGGCAGGAGUAGGGACAUCGACCGAUCUGCCGCACUCACGAGGGUCUAUCCCUCCGUCCCCCGGAGGGGGAAGGGUACCGACCCCCGCACUGGGUGUAUCUGGACUGUCAUCUUCUGCAAGGGAAAGUGAUGCUGGAUCGGAUCGACAAAUGUACGGUUCGGCGCCAUCUGGGCUUGCGCAUGACUCUUCGGGCCAUGGAUUUGAGCCAUCGCCCAUGCGAGUCACCGUCGAUCUGAUAGAUGUAGAACAGGACCUUUUCGAAUUUCCUCAAAAGCAAAAGGUCAUGUACAACAAAGAGAUCCAGACUGCAGACCUGGAGAGCGACGACGAGAAGCGUCCUUCGGAAGACGAGAUUCGGAUUCGGAUCCAGAAGGAGGAAGCUGAGCGAGCUGCGAGAGAACGAGAUAUUGAGGAGGAAUCAAUACGGAUGGAACAGGAGCUAGUAGCGGAUAUUAGAGUGCUCACUGAGGAGGAGAGGCUUGGGAUUCUUCAAGAUCCGGGCUUUAUCGACUUUGUGGAUCAGUCCUCUAAGAUCGUCCAACGGGCAUUACAGGAUCGAUAUGACUACACUCGCGAUUACCGCAUCAGCACAGAUGUGGCUGCGGAUGAGCUGGAAGGGGAGAAGGUAAAGCGCGUAUGCGCAUUUUUCGACGACCGAUGGACUAAGAACCGGUCCGUGACCGAUGUGGACUGGUCUCACAAGUUUCCCGAACUCUGCGUGGCGGCGUAUAACAAGAAUCCAAGUGCGCUGAAUGACCCAGACGGGGUUGUGCUGGUUUGGAACAUGCACCUGCUUGAAAGACCAGAGUUUGUCCUUCAUUCGCAGCAGUCCGAUGUCUUGGCUGUCAGAUUUUCGCCGUAUCAGUCUAAUCUUAUCUUUGGCGGAACGUAUUCUGGCGAAAUCCUGCUCUGGGAUACAAGGCAUGGAAGGCAUCUCCCGGUUUUGAAGACGACCCGGUCGUCCAUCGGUGGACACUUCUAUCCGGUGUACAAUAUGCAGGUGGUGGGCACCCAGAACGCGCACAACCUGAUCACGGCGGAUACGGAUGGGAAGGUCAAUAGCUGGCUGGUCGACAUGCUUGCGCAACCCCAAGACUUUAUCCAGCUGACCCACAAUGGACACAGCAAGACAGACGAUGUCGCUGUCAGCGCGAUGGACUUUCCGCCGAACGAGACAUCGAUGUUCUAUGUUGGCACAGAGGAAGGCAGUGUCUACCAAGCCCUGAGGCACGAUCGCGCCGGCGUCAAGGCAGGAUUGCAUAAUGCCGACGUGUAUCGUUCGCAUCGUGCGCCUGUGACGAGCUUGUCAUGCAACAAAGUAGCUGGCGCGGUCGAUUUCUCGGACUUAUUCCUGACGGCUAGCAUGGACUGGAAGAUCAAGUUGUGGCGAGGUCGUGCGCCCGCGGCCGGGCAAGUACAGCAGCUGCAACAGGGGCAGCAGGCACACGAGGUCCACCCUUUGCAUACGUUCGACGGUGCCGACGAGCCUGUGUAUGACGUUAAGUGGCACCCACAGAAUCCGGCGCUGUUCGGUGCGGUCGAUGGGUCAGGCAAGUUUGACUUGUGGAACCUCAACGCGGACACGGAUGUGCCUACAGUGUCAACGUCUCUCUCUAACCGAGCGCUGAACAAGCUUGUGUGGGAAUCGAAAGAAGGUCGGCGGGCAGCGAUCGGUUCUUCCGAAGGAAGGGUACACAUCGUCGAUAUUGGCGAGUUGGCGAUCCCACGCGAGUCCGAAUGGACCGAUAUGCAGCGUGUCAUCGCUGGCAUGCCUAUCGCACGGGAGAUGCCGAUCUUCUUGGAGGGCGAGGGGCGCGGUCGGGUUAGCUCGGGGGGCAUGGGGUAUGGUGAGGGCGGGAGAGGGUUUGGAGGAUAUGACAGGCGGACAAGCGCGGGCAUGUACGGUGUUUGA